UUUGCUGCUGAAGGGUUUAUCAAAAUCAGCCAUGGCGACUCGUAUAUUCAGAAAAGCAAAUUAUCUACGCAAUGCUCAUCGAUGUCUCCAUUAUCUCACUCUGAACCACUGCGGAAAAGGCAAAGCUUCUGUAGUUCUUCUUCUCAAUUGUCAGAGGAAAAGGCAGGUAUUGGAAAUUGUACCAGUUUUUAUCAGUGAUCCAGAUAGAGAUACUGUUGAACAAGUGCGUGGAUAUGUCAAAGAGUUUCAUCCUAAACUAAUUGGGUUAACUGGUAAGGAGGAUGAGAUAAAGAAAGUCGCUCGGGCAUAUCGAGUUUAUUAUUUGAACACUGCAGCGGAGGAUUCAGACUAUAUUGUGUUGAUCAUUCCAUUGUCAUGUACCAAUGGGUCCUGAUAUGGAGUUGGUAAAAUUUUUUGGGAAGAACAAUGACUUCAACUCGCUUGCUGAUGGCAUAAUCAAGGAGAUAAAGCAGCAGAAAAAGUAGGAUAACAUUUCUUCCAUUUUUUUCCCAUUCAUACAGAGCUAGUCUUUUGUUGUAGGAUUUUGGAACAUCCUGAUGUUACCUAGGAUACUUGAGAUUAUUUAUCAAAUUUCUUUCACAUUAUAGUUUCUGAGAAUCUACGGACAUAAUAUUGGCUUCUUUCACUUCAAGCAUUAUGGUUGUCAUACAUUGGUGAAAAGGAGGAUAUGUAGAGAAGGAGCAGGAAGGCAGUAGAAAGAACCUAAAACUAAACAAAGAAAAUUCAGAAUGCAAU